GCCGCCCAGGAGCCGCCAGCCGCGGAGCCGCCGGCGCCAGAGCCGACUGCCGGGCCGGUCGUGGAGGCGUGGAGGCAGAGCCGCCUGUACGAUCUGCUGUACGGCUCGCCCGCCGCGGAGCCGGGCCCCGCUGCGGCGGAGGCAGGCCACGCCGCGGAGCCAGGUCUCGUCGUGGAGCCCGCGGGCGGCCCGAAGGGUCCUGCGGGCGACCAGUACGACGAGUCGCAGAGCAAGCCCAUCUCCGACGGGGAGAUCAGCGCGCUGGAGCUGGUGCGGAACGCGGACCUGUCGGGCGCGAUGCCCAUGUACGGGGCCCUCUGA